AUGAAAAUGUUGAGCGCCCCUAGAGCUGUAUUUUGUUUAUUUACCCUCUUGAACGUUGUGUUGUUGAAUAAUGUCUCCCUUUCGAAUGACCUUGCCCUUUCAUCAUCAGCUGUUAGCGGCUUCCCGAGACAUCUAUCCGAAGUGAAAAAGAAUUCCAAUAAUAAUAAUUCAUCGAAGAAUAAAAAAACUCGUAAACUUAAUAGUGAUUUUUUGGCAGAUUUUCUUUUCGCAGAAUAUUCAGAUAAUGCCGCGUUAUUAGCGGAAUUAAGUGAAAGAGAGUAUGUUCUUUUUAAUAUACCUACCAAUGAAGAUAUAGACAAUAGGGGUAUGGUUGCUCUCCUUAAUGGAUUUGACAAAUUAUAUGCCAUAGAGCAUGCAAGGACGUUGAAGGGUUUAUCAAAUACACUCAAUGAUUUAUCAACAAAAUAUAGAAUGCCAGAUAAAGAGAUAAAAGAGUUGUGGAAAGAAUGUAAGCAAGACAUUGAAUAUGAACAUAAUAAAAAAAUGGACUCUUUUAAAAAUAGUUAUAAUUCAUUUGUAAUGUCGAGUAGUAAAAAUGUCUCUGCUUUCAGAAGCUUCUAUAGAAAAUAUGUUAGAGCAUGGAAUAAAGGCUUACAAAAAAGUGAAAAAAAAUGGAAUAAAAUUUUUGCCCAGAGAGCGAGUAAAUAUGGAGUGGCUAGCCAAAAACAAAAGGCAUAA